AUGGGCCACAAAACCAAUUCAUCAUAUGCCACAGACUUUGAUGUCGCCCGAAACUAUCAUCUAUGCUCGCUCUUCCGAGUUGGACUGAAGAGUGGGGGCGAUUUUUCCUUCAUCAGCCCCCAACCGCGUGAUGCUUAUGGCACUGGGCCAUUGUUUCCGGCACUGGGUGGAGUGAAUAUUACGUUUCACAAAGCUAUUCGCCCGCGGCAGAAGUAUGAGAUAUCGACUCGUGUUCUCUCAUGGGAUGAUAAAUGGAUACAUCUCAUUUCACACUUCGUGGAAAGGGGAAGCUGCAAGCCUGUUCAUUUUACUGAUCAACGGAAUCCCCAGCGCGAUCCUGAGAUGAACAUCGGUGAUUUGACACAAAUGACAAGUGCUGAUCAGCAUCCAUCUUCACGGCCUGUCGUGUACGCCACUGCGAUGGCGAAAAUUGUCUUUAAAAAAGGCCGCAAGACAGUUCCUCCUCCUCAAUUUUUAGUUGAUUGUGGUCUUCUUCCUGGUAAAGAGAAGGUUGUUCUGCACGGGUCUAUCCAGAACGCUUGCGAGGAGGAAAAGGUCGAUGAUAACGAUAUGACCAAGAUUAGAGAUGACAUCGAAGAAAUAAGGACCGCGGGCUAUGAAAUGGCGGAGCGGCUCAAUACUCUGGCCGAAGGAGAGUCGUUCUAUAACAUGAGCGAGAAGGUCUUCUUUUCCAAGCGCUGA